AUGCGUUUCGCAAGCACCGCUGGCCUUGCCCUCGUCCUCCUGCUCGGCACCACCGCCGCAGCGCCCGUCGCAGUGGACAGCGACGAAGCCCAUCUCGACUAUAUCUACACGCAGAAGAAGGAUCAGAAGCGCGAGGAGCCGGUCCAUCUCGACUACAUCUACACGCAGAAGAAGGACGAAAAGCGUGACGAGCCGAUCCACCUCGACUACAUCUACACGCAGAAGAAGGAUGAGAAGCGUGACGAGCCGGUCCACCUUGAUUACAUCUACACGCAGAAGAAGGAUGAGAAGCGUGACGAGCCGGUCCACCUUGAUUACAUCUACAUGCAGAAGAAGGAUGAGAAGCGGGAGUCGAAUGGUCUUAUAGACGUUAUUGCUGUCGAAGGUGGUCCGGGACAGUAG